AUGCAUGCCACCAACCAAACUAAUAAUAAUAGCUCAACAUCUCCAAUCGAUCUUACUUUUAUUUAUACUUUAUCCAUUGUAAAAAUUAAAUCCAUCGGUAAUCAAACUAAUUCGCCAAAAAUUCGUAAAGAUUCUAAUAACCAUUUACGUAAAUUGCGUCAAAGACCUUUCCAAGCUGCUCAACCCGUUCAAAUUUAUAAUAAUCAAGUUCCAAUCGUUCCUCAAAGAACCGGGUUCAAUUUGGUUCAGCAACCACCGAUUCAUUGGAUUCCAGUUCAAAUACCUGCUCAUCAUCAUAAUCAUCAAAUGCAUUAUAAUGUUAAUAAUUAUAGUAUGGUCCAAACUCAGGAACAACAACUAUACUUGCAACAACACGUUUUCUUGCCUCCUAAUCCGCGUGGUCCCCACGCCCAACCACUUCACUUGGCUAAGUUGGUUAGAAGGCCUCAAUUGGUUAGAAUGUAA